CGAAGGUAUUCCUUUUCCCCUCCAGCUAAGAAGAUGAGAUCUUGGGUCCUCACAUCUGUUCCUAGUCUUUUGCUCGGGUCAGGUUGGCUGCUGCUGCCAUGGGUUCGAGCUGCGGCUAGUGCAUAUCCUGUCUGUGUCGUUGGAGCAGGACCUUCGGGUCUAACCGUUGCUCAUGAAUUGGAAUCUCGCGGGGUCCCCACUGUCAUUUUCGAUUCUAAUGUCGAAGUGGGGGGUAAAUGUCAGUCGUAUUACGAUGACCCAGAAACUAGAACUACGUAUCACGCUAUGGGUGCCCUCAUCUUCACGAAUUUGACAUACAGUAAUACCCUCCCGCUGAUCCUCGAAGCUGGCCUCCCACUUUCUCCGGCACUUUCUCCUGGACCCUCCGCGAAUUGGAGUUACUGGCAAUAUAGCCCCGGAACUGACGCCGGUCAGAACUUGAAUGUUACUCAGACAGCAUUACCAACUCUACCGGAGGAUGCUGCUAUAGCAUUGGAAGUAGCAGCUUACACGACGUUGUGGCUCACUGAGUUCCAACCUCAGUACACGGAAUCAAGGUACCCUAAUGGUGUUCCAACAGAGCUCACAGUUCCGAUGAGUGAAUGGUUAGCAAGCAAAGGUUUCCAAUUCUUGCCUGUGUUUGUUGAGGAAGGCCUUGUGUACGAAGGCUAUGGCGAUUUUUCUCAGACUCCUGCACUCUACGCCCUCCAAUUUUUAACGCCAGAGAUCUUGACGUACUAUAUUGGAACAACUCCCGGCUAUUUCGUUGAUUUUCAUAAACUUUGGCUGUGGUACGCUGAAAGGUCUGUCAGUGGACCUAUCUACAGUAGCACAAAUGUUACCAAAAUAGAUCGCAGUGCGGAAAAUCCCGUUGUCACCUACAUAUCUGCGGGUAACAGGUCUUCAAACACACAGACAUGUUCCAGUGUUGUUCUUGCCUUUCCUCCAACCACUCGUGCCUUGGAGGCAACUGGUCUCGAUUUUACUACCGAUGAGGCGUCCCUUUUCGCUGACGUCGGAGUAACAGCCUACUGGGCUACAGCUUUCAACAUGAGCGAACUCCCGUAUCCUUACGCCUUCCUUAAAAACCCUCCCACACCCGAUUUUGGUCCUCUCGCAAUGUUACGCUACUUCAAUGAUUCUCCUAUCGCUACAGCGUACUCGUUCGGGACAAGUCCCUACAAUGAAAGUACUAGCGACAGCGACGAGCAAGUUAUAGAACUUUUGCUUCAAACUGCCACCGACCUAGGUGCAGGGAUUGCCAACAUUAAAGUUGGUGGGGUGACUACGGCAAACACGGUAACCGCAGAUGACAUCAAACUUUUCACCCGACAAGACCAUUUCCCGCAUGUCUUGACGGAUGCGCUAGCGGGGGGCUUCUACAAAAAGUACAAUGCAUUACAGGGCAAGAAAAACACUUAUUGGACCUCGGGUUUGAACAGGUUUGAAAAUGUAGAGAGUGCGAUAUUGUCAGCGAAAGAUCUUGUGGCCAAUGUUAUGUUCUAGGAUUUACUCAUUGCCUGCUAAGCUUUAAGUAGUAGCUUUGUACCAAUCACCUUACGCAUAGUUGUUGAUCGAAGUAUCCGAUAAUUCUCGGCAUGAUACCUUGAACAAUGGCGAAAUGAGGUUGUACAGAUAAUCAGCCAUUGUUUGUAUUAAAUAUUCUAAUGAAAUCAGAAC